AUGCAGAACGACGCUGGUGAGACUGUGGAACUAUACGUUCCCCGCAAAUGCUCUUCAUCUAACCGCCUGAUCGGGCCCAAGGAUCAUUCUUCAAUUCAACUCGACAUUGUUGAUGUGGAUCCAAUCACUGGACGCAUGAUCGCUGGCAAAUCUACUCGUUACGCCAUCUGCGGUGCUCUCCGUCGCCAAGGAGAAUCUGAUGAUGCGCUUUUGAGGCUGGCUCAGAGAGACGGGAUUAUCCCCAAAAAUCUUUGA